AAGACAGAACAAAAAAACGGAUUUUUCGGUAGAAGGUUUGAAGUAGAAAGAAAGAAUGAAUACGAGAGAGGAAGACUAUUAAGAGAAAAAGGAUCAAUCAGUUAUGCAGAGGAGCUGGAAAGAAACCUCCGGGAAAGAUACGAGAAACGGAUAGAUUUUUUAGGGUUUCUGUUCUUUUUUUCUUGUUUUCACAGAGUAAUUAUCAUCGCCUCGUUGUGGUUUCCUGGAAAUUGAAUCGAGUUAGACUUGGACUUGGUGUUUCUUCUUCUUCUUCUUCUUCUUCGCACAGUUGUCUUGAAAUUUCGCAAGGAUUCUCCUUUUCUUGCAGAGAUAGAGAUGGCUUUGGCUAUGGCUUCUUCUUCUUCUUCUUCUGCUACUGUGGCGGUGGAGAAGGCGACUAGUGAUCUUCUAAUCGGUCCUGAUUGGACUAUGAAUAUCGAUAUUUGCGAUUCUGUUAAUUCAAAUAUUUGGCAAGCAAAAGAUGUUGUGAAAGCUGUGAAAAAAAGGUUACAGCACAAGAACCCUAAAGUGCAACUUCUGGCAUUAACGCUUUUAGAAACAAUGGUGAAGAACUGUGGUGAUUACGUCCAUUUCCAAAUUGCUGAAAAGAACAUAUUGGGUGAGAUGGUCAAAAUUGUAAAAAAGAAGGCUGAUAUGCAUGUAAGAGAUAAAAUUCUGAUCUUGCUGGACUCGUGGCAAGAGGCUUUUGGGGGGCCAGGGGGAAAACAUUCUCAGUACUAUUGGGCAUAUGAAGAACUAAGGCGUGCUGGAGUGGUAUUCCCUCAACGGUCCCCGGAUGCAGCUCCAAUUUUUACACCUCCUGUUACUCAUUCAACAUUGAGGCAUGCUCAAGCUGCAUAUGGGAUGCCUAGUAAUUCUUCUAGAAGACUUGAUGAAACAAUGGCAAUGGAGUUUGAAGGCUUAAGUUUGUCAGGCUUGGAUUCCAUGCGGAGUAUUGUGGAGCUCUUAAAUGACAUGCUGCAAGCUGUGAACCCUGAUGAUCGCGAGGCUCUAAAAGAUGAAAUUAUAGUUGAUCUUGUCAAUCGCUGUCGAUCCAACCAGAAAAAGUUGAUGCAGAUGCUAACUACAACUGGGGAUGAGGAACUUCUUGGUCAGGGUCUUGAAUUAAAUGAUAGAAUACAAACCUUGCUUGCCAAACAUGAUGCUAUAGCUUCUGGUUCACCCAUGCCAGCUGAAGUUGAUAAUUUAGGUCCCAAGUCCACUGAAGAAUAUUCCUCCAAUAUCCAACCAACUCAAGUAAAAGACGCCAGCCCAAGUUCUAGCACUAAUGCCAAUGUGUCAGUUGCUAAUGUACCAAGGAGCCCUAUUGAUGAAGAAGAUGAAGAGGAGGAUGACUUUGCACAGCUAGCUCGGAGGCAUUCAAAACCACAGUCAAGUCCAUCUGAAAGCACAUACGGAACCAGUGAGGCUAUUGCUUCUACCACCACCAUUUCAACUCCUGUUCCAUGCACUGCACUAGCUCUUCCUGAUCCACCUGCACCAGUUAGGACUACAAAAGAGCAAGAUAUAAUUGACCUUUUGAGUAUCACCUUAUCAACACCAACAUCGGAUCAUCCCCACACACCUCAUACUCCAACAGCUGCUACACCGAGCAUGCCUCAAGUACCAGCCUCAAGCACUCAAGGGUAUCCUUAUAUUUCCCAGACAUAUCCUGGAAACCAAGGGCAAUCAACUUACAACAAUUAUAUCGUUCCAUGGGCCCAGCCUCAACCCCAACACCAUUUACAAAUUCCAUCUCAGCCCCAUUUACAGCCUCAAAUCCAGCAGCAAAUGCAACCUCAACCUCCACUGCAAUUUCAGUCUCAAUCUCAACCACAACCGCAUACUCAGCCUCAGCUGCAAUUUCAACCCCAAUCUCAAUCACAACCACAAUCACAUCCUCAACCUCAGCAGAAGUCUCAAUCAUCGUCUCAGUCACAGCAACCUUGGCCUCAUCAGCAAUUCCAACCUCAAUCUCAAUCUCAACUGCAGCCACAACCUCAACCUCAGCAGCAGUUUCAAUCUCCAUCUCAGUCACAACCUCAACCUCAGCAGCAGUUUCAAUCUCCAUCUCAGUCACAACAUCCUCCGCCUCAGCAGCAAUUCCAACCUCAACCACAAUCACUGCCUCAACCUCAACCUCAGCAGCAGUUCCAAUCUCCAUCUCCGUCAGAGCAUCCUUGGCCUCAGCAGCAAUUCCAACCCCAGUCUCAACCACUAUCACAGCCUCAACCUCAGCAGCAAUUUCAGAUUCAUUCUCAAUCACAACGUCCUCGGCCUCAGCAGCAAUUCCAAUCUCUGUCUCAACCACCACUUCAUACUCAGCAUCAGCAACAAUUUCGACCUCAAUCUCAACCACAACCAAAUGCGCAAUCUCAGCUACAAUACCGACCUGAAUCUCAACUUCAGUUUCAGUCUCAACUGCAAUCACAGAAUUCUCAAUACUCUUCUGGCUAUCCUCCGCCACCUUGGGCAGCUACACCUGGUUAUGCCAAUGGCCAAAGUCAUAUGUCUGCCACUAAUAAUUUGUUUUCAACCCCACGAGCCAAUGCAGGUACAUCUUAUACUCCUGAACAAGCAUCUAGGCCCAUGCAGCACUAUAACUCCUAUCCUACAAGAGGGGUCAAUGGAUUAGCCAUGAAUGGUGAUCCUAUAGUAAAUUCUGGACCUAGGAACGCUGCACCUCCAGGACAGAAGCCCUUUAUUCCCUCAUAUAGACUAUUUGAAGAUUUAAAUGUUCUUGGCAAUACAGAUGGAAGGUUUAAGAUGACCAGCAGCACAUCACCAAGCUUGUCAGGACCUUCCAGCCAAGGGAUGGUUGGUGGAAGGAAGUGAAAUGCUAGUGGUAGAGAAACCUAAUGGGAUAUUUCAUUGUGAAUAUGAUCAAUAUUGGUGUGUUCUUUCAAUUUGGAAUGUAUGAAAAAAAGGAGUUCUUUAGACUGGUCAUGCUCCAUCUGUAGUUUCUCACAGUUGCUUGUCUGCCAUUCUUCUGAACCCAUACAAUUGAAUUGUUCUCUCAUAGUUUUUGCGCGUCCAUGAAGAGUGAAAGUGGGCGUCUUGUACUUUGAGAAUGGUGUACGCAAGGUCGAGUCAAGCAAGCUGUAAUGCGUUCUUCUGGGUGUGUUUCAUGCCCCAGAUGAGUAUUACUGUUUCAAUCCUCCAUUCUCUGUUGUUGAUCUUAUUCGCAAUCAAAGAGUGUACGUGCCCCUCUAGCGUAAAGAAAAUUAUUAGGUUGUACUGAAUGAUUUAUUUCUCCAGGUUUCAUAGAGCUGACUUGGUGUUUGGUAGAGUUGAGUGGCGAAAAAAGAUUCAUAUAGUCGAUUCCUACUUGUUAGGAAUCAGUCGGUUGGAUUAUUUGUUGUUGUUGAAUGUAAAGUUUCAUACAUGGGAUGAUAGUUGGGUCAGAAUUGCUGCUGUUAACAGUGUUAAUGGUUGAUAAAGUAUAGUUGUCUAAUCAAUGAUGCAGUUAAUGUUUA